UCCCGCCAGCACCGCUGAUCGUGAGACGUCGUUAAUCGGAAAAAGGAAACUGGCGUAAACUUUGCAUUGAUGGUAAUGCAUGCUAGAAAACCGCAACGCAUGAACGAUGGCUACUUUGAGAAGCAUCAAUCUCAUUCGUAUCAGAGUUCCAAAUACAGUUCAAAACGAGACUAUGAACGUGAUCGCUCAUCAAACUAUCGCGAUCGCGACCUUUCCCCAGCUGGUGGUGGACCAUUAAACAAUGGUAAUAGUUCAUCGUAUCGAUCACAAUCACCUGAAAUAGAUUCACCAUCAUCGAGGGGACACGGUGGUUCACACGAUAUACGUGAUCGUGGCGACCAUCGAGGUGGUGAUCGUUUCAGCUAUAUGCAAAAAAUGAGAGAUCGGGAUCGUGAUAUUUAUAAAAAGGAUAAAUAUUCAGACAAACGUGACCGACGUGGUGAUCGAGAUUCUGAGUCGCAUCGCACCAAUCAUGACAGGCUUGAUCGUCGUGGUGGCGGCGGAAGUGUAAGCGGAGCCAAGCUCUGUUCUUCCGGCGAUAAACGUUCUGGCUCGGAUGAUCGCGAUCGAGACCGUGGUGGCGAUCGGGAUCGUGAUCGCGACAGAGAUCGUGAUUUAAGGGACAGCAAACGUGAUCGAGACUCGCUGCGGGAUCGUGAACGAGACCGUGAUCGCGAUCGUGACAGAGAUCGUGAUCGCGAUCGCAGUGCACGAGGCGGUGAUGAUCGUGAUCGCGAUCGAGGUGGUGGUGGCAGUGGUGAUCGUAAUGAUCGAGGUGAACGUAUCGCCCGAUGUGGUGAUUGGAGUGAACAUGUUAGUUCUUCGGGAAAAAUGUAUUAUUAUAAUUGUAAAACAGAAGUCUCACAAUGGGAAAAACCAAAGGAAUGGAUUGAACGUGAGCGUAAUCUGGCGCGAGAUCAGCAUCGCGAAAAGGACUACCGCGACAAGGAACGCGAUAGAGAUCGCGAAGAACGAUUUUCUAGAUCAUCAUAUAAACAUUCCAGUUCUCGAGGCAAUUCCCGACUGAGGUGGAACUAUGAUAAUGAUAGUGGACCACCAAAUCAUCGAAGACGCAUAGAUGGGCGCAUUGCUGACAAUCCAGAUAUGGAUAUUAGUCCCGGUGAUUCAACACCGACUUCGGAAGCUAGUUAUUCAUUAACGGGUACUCCAACAACAUAUGUCGGUGGCAAUCAACACAACGACCAAGCAUUGCCAUCAACAGCGGUGGUAUUACCAAAUGCAUUGCCUCGUUUAGCUUCACAUCCCAAUGCCUCUAGUAGUAAUAUGACAUCUUCCUCUGUUAAUGCCAGCAGUUUAGCAGCUGCAUCACAUGCGAGUGGUGCGUCCGCGUCAAUGCAUUAUCCGGCCACAUGUCCUAAUACCGCAGCCAAUGUGGCUGGUGGUUCAGUGGUGAUCGGUGGGGGCGGCGGCGGCAGCAGCAACAGUUCUGGCCAUGUGGUUGGUGGAGCUACUAUGUUACCCGCAACUGGUCUUGCUACAACAAAUCUAGCAGGAACGAUACCAUCGACCGCCAAUACAAUGUCCAGUAGUGGCAGUAAUAGCAACAACAACAGCAAUCAUAGGAAAUUGGAUCCUGUCACAGCAUUACAUCAAACUCAUAUGGGAGCUGUUGGAUCGCCUAAUACCCCUGUCCCUUCAUCUUCGAGUCAAGUGGAUCAUCAUUUGAACUCAAAUGCUCCGGGCCCACCAAACAAGCAAGGCUCCAAGGAUCCAGCUUUGUUAAUGCGUCAACAACAGAUUCAUCAUCAUAUAAAUACACCUGACGGUCAUCUCAUAUCGCCUAGUCCGGGUGAUAAUAACCAUGCAUCAGCACAGCAGGUUAUGAAUUUAAGGGAAAACGCUAUGAACUCACCCUUAUAUAAUUUAACACAUCCCCAUGGUAUGUCACCCAUGGGCUAUAGUAAAAGUCCUAUAACAUCGUCAACAUCUGCAGUAACGGGCAAUGUGGCGGCGGCGGUACCCCCACUUGUGGGUGGUGGUUCUGGCCCACUGCAUGCGUCAGCGUCGGUGGCACAUGCGAAUAAUGUGAAUAGUGGCGGAAUGUCCAUAACAAGCCUUGCUGCUGCUGCCACCACAUCAUAUUCCUGCACUAAUCCCUAUGGACUAAAGACUGUUGAUGGCAACGUCGUUUUAAAUAGUAACAACGUUGUUGGCAUGAAUCCACUAAACAUCGCUACAAAUGUUGGCGUUGGUGGAGUGGUGGGCGGCGGAUCUGUUAAUGUUGGCAACAGCAACAAUGUUCUGUGUUCGUCGUUAUCAGCUAAUGCCAAUAUGGCCGGUGCAAUUGUUGGUAGUGCGGGUGGUGGUGUUGGCGGCGUUGGUAUGUGUGCCGGUGUUAGUGGAGUUGGCAGUAGUAAUGUUGUUAAUAUGAAUGUUAUACCGGGUGAGGGACCACCGACACCAACACAGGAAUUAGAUUUAAGUGGUAGCUCAUCAAUAGAUCCACAACAAAGAAAGUUGGAUGGUACAACAUCAGCUUCUUUAAGUACUUUACAAAGUUGUGUUUCCAAUUCAAUACAGGCUGGUCGUUCACAAGGACCUGAAAUCUCGACAAAAUUAAGUAAAUAUUUUAGAGCCGAUCUAAUAACACAUGUUACCAAUUGGGCAGCAGAUCAAUUAGAAAAACAGGCGCAAAAAUGUUCAGAGGAAGCACACAUAUAUGGAGAUUUGCAGUGUACAAAAGUAUCAGCCGAGUUAAAAUGUGCGAGAAGUUUAGUUAGAAUAACUGAAAUUACAGCCACAUUGCAAGAACAAAAGAUUAUGUAUUUACGCCAGCAAAUACGUCGAAUAGAAGAAUCAAAAUCACAAAAUUCAUUUAUGUCCGAUGAUCUAUAGCCAAUUUUCAAACUGGA